AUGAGAGGCAAACAAUAUCAUCAACCACCGAAGUUGACAGCGCCUUGGGAGAAGGAUGCUGGGUUCGGGAGGAAGCUCAAAACCUACAGGAAUCAUACCAAGAUAAUAGCACAGCCUGGGAUCGUGAUGAAAGUUCUCCGCAGGAAGAGGAUCGUGUUGUUUAUGGCCUAUUUCUUACUGCUGGUCCUCACUAUGCUUAAUUUGGCCAAUUAUAAAUGGACUAAGGAGCCACAGCAGUGUAACCAUCAGAUGAGGAGCGCCUCUUACCAGAGCAGAUCUGACAUUCGCUUCCUGUACAGGCCCUCUCUGGCCAAAAAGAGACAGCUGAUCUAUGUUCUGACCACCUGGAGGUCAGGCUCUUCCUUUUUUGGGGAGCUUUUUAACCAAAACCCUGAAGUGUUCUUUCUGUAUGAGCCUAUGUGGCACAUCUGGCAGAAGCUGUACCCAGGCGAUGCAGUGUCUUUACAAGGGGCGGCCCGAGACAUGCUCAGCUCCUUGUACCGCUGCGAUCUGUCUGUUUUCCAACUUUACAACAGCCCCGGAGGCAAGAAUUUUACCUCUUUAGGACUAUUUGGGGCCACCCUGAAUAAAGUGGUGUGCUCCUACCCCCUCUGCUCAGCCUACAGGAAAGAGGUGGUGGGGAUGGUGGAUGAUAAGGUGUGUAAAAAGUGCCCCCCACAGAGCCUCAGACUGUUGGAGGAGGAGUGCCUAAAAUACAGCACCGUCGUCAUUAAAGGAGUACGGAUCCUGGACGUAAACGUCCUGGCGCCUCUCAUGGAGGAUCCGUCCUUGGAUCUGAAGGUGAUCCACUUGGUCAGAGACCCGCGGGCAGUUGCCAACUCCAGGAUCAAGUCCAGACACGGACUGAUACGGGAGAACUUACAGGUGGUCCGCAGCAGGGACCCUAAACUUCGUCGGAUACCCUUUGUGGAUCCCGGUCACAAAGCAAACAAGAAGGACGGCUCCGACUAUCACUCCAUCGGAGCCAUGGAGGUGAUUUGUGACCGCACCUCCAGGACUUUGAGGACUGCCUUAAACCCACCCAGCUGGCUGAAGGGGAAGUACUUGGCCGUCCGGUACGAGGACCUAGUGGAAAACCCCGUCAAGACCCUCAGAAACAUCUACCGCUUUGCCAACCUCACCACCAACCAAGACAUUGAGUCGUUUGCACUGAACAUGACCAGUGGCCCCAGCUCCUCCUCGAAGCCAUUCAUAGUCUCCUCCAGGAACGCCACACAGGCUGCUAGCGCGUGGAGAACAGUGCUGAGCAUUCAGCAGAUCAAACAAGUGGAAGACUACUGCCACCACGCCAUGUCUGUGCUUGGGUAUGAGAGAGUGAGAACAGCUGGUGAGGCCAAGGACUUGAGCAAAUCUCUGCUGACGCGCUCCAAACUGUGA